CACGUGGAUUGAUUUCCGUCUCUAACGAUCAGACGGACUUUGUCGGCUGAUCUUCAGCAUUCCAGACGUCCUAUCCGCUUCAUCUCGCUUGUCAGAUCGCUUGUCUGGGAACGUGGAUGAUGUGCUCCAUGACCAACUUUUCCUCCCGAGGAUGGAGAAGAUAUGGACACCGGAAGGAAAAUGGUGCCGACUGAGAAGCAGCCAGGAAAUCAAGCUCAUGGCGAAACAGACGAAAGGGGUAGUUAAAGCAUAGCUUUGCAUUUGAAAACCGUCCGUGGCCCCAAUGCAUGUGCUUUUGGGCUGUUUCAUAUCGCAAGAAGAGAUCCCCAUGCCCGCUUACAUGGUGGCCGUCUUUCGCCCAUCUCCCAGUGGUCACGGCCCCUGCCUACGUUUAGGCGAAAAGAGAUCUGCACGCUGCGACCACUGGCGAACCUCGGUCACCUCUGAGCCACGGCUAGCAUUUCCGCCUUUCGUCCUCCUUGGACCAUGAAUUCAUGCCUGCCAGUGAUGGCCCCGGAAAGCUCGCUGUCUCCUUUGACAGACAGAGGCGGCGCAAGUCAAAGCUAAGUGCGGAUCAUGUCAAUCAACUUGAACAGCCGAUUGCUUCAUUGAACCACGAUGACAGGAGGCGGUCGACUUUCUUCUUGUCGACUGUCGUUUCAAGGAGCCCCUUGCUUGCCUCCACAGGGUCCCAUCAUCGGCCGGCUGGUUCUGCGCCAGUUCCUGACUACCCGUGGGGUGGCACUUCCUCUGUCCAGUCCCCUCUUCCCCUUCUUCUUUGCCCCUUGCAUGCCGUCCGGCCUAACGGGCACUUUCCUUUCUUUAGGCCUUUGCUGCUUUGCUGCUUCGUUUCAGAAAUGCCCGAACCCGCUUUCGAACUUUUCGGUUUUCUCUUUGCAUUUGUGCACACACUUUGUUUCUCGCUCAUCGUGCAAUGUCGUUAUCCGCUUCGCAGAUGCAUCGAGAUCGAACUUAUGUGCCGUUCAACAAUGACUGUGUCGUCUUUUCCAACCCACUCGCUUGAGACAUCGAUUGCUUCGCUUCGGCAGCCAACUCCCCUCGUGGCUUGCACGAUACUCGAGAUUGUUCCCACUUCUGGCCUUCUCGCUGCAGCUGUUGGAUUAUGCCAUGCAGCAAGCACCCACCAUGAUAUUACGCUACUACAGGUACCAUUUCUGGAUCGGGCUGGUCAUGAUGGCCAUCCCAGAUUGUUCCCCCCGUAAUCUGGCCAUCCUUCCUACGUCUAGACAGGGUGCCUGGCAACGUUGUACAGACCACCAUCUGACAUCUCUAGCCCAUACGCUCACCAAAGUCACCUUGUGACCGGGCCCCAG